UGAAGCCUUUAUGAGGGCCUGGGCAAAGCAAAGCACUUACGUGGCGCCUAACCGACCUCACACUGGAAGGCUCAGGCCCUAUGCGGCAGGCGCUUUGCAUUGGUAGCUGUGGGUGGCAGGGUGAAGCCUGAACUGACUGCGGACUGCGGAGAGAACUGCCACCUUCCGUGUUUUUCUUUCUCCCAAUGACAGCCUAAAUUAAGCACAUGGGGUGCGGGGGGAGGAAUCCUAUUUAAUUAUGGUAGUUAAAGAAAUGCAGGUCGAGCUUUCAGUUCCCAGAAGAAAUAAGCAAGUUUGAGCAUCAGUUUGGAUUUUUAAUGAUUUUUUAAAUUUUAUUUUAUUACUUUGUCAAACACGUACAAGAUAGCAGGUCUACGUAUGAGCAUGGACAUGAACAAAGGAAAUGAAUGCAAAUAGAUGGGGACAGUAGGACCGGUUUGUUAGGCAUGCUGGUGCGCUUAUGCACGCCCCCUUUACAGGCCUCUUAGGAAUGGGGUGAGGUUCACGGUGGACCACUUAAGCUUAAAGCUGUGAGGGUGCCAUCUGGUUGGUGUGUUGGGUAGCAGAAAUAUAGGAAGAUGCUGGAAACAGAUUAUUAGUGACAACAGCAAAGGCCGCAAUUUAUACUGCACAGGAAAAGGCAGAGGUUUCUAUAUUAUUACCAAGGCAACUGCACGUAUAGAAAACAGUAAAUGAUUGACAAUAUAAUGGCAGGUGAUGGCCCUCUCAGUUCGGAUAGCAUUCAAUGUGUUCCUGAGGACAAGUUCUUCGUUAAAGCAUUCUUAAGGAUGGUGGUAGGAUUGCAUGUGGGAUGACACAUAAAAUGAAAUAAAAAACAGUUUGUAUUUGUUCAGUCUGACUCUCUUUAUGUAUCAAUAGCAUCAAUACGAAAGUCUGUUAACAUUCACUAGCAAAAAUAUGGAAAACUCCAGAAAAUCUCAAUGGAGCAAUUAUGGGACUUGAAGCCCAAAUUAUGAGAUAGUUACAUGAGAAUCAGUGUGAUGGAGCAGUUCAGGUGCUGAACUAGAAGUGAGGAAAACCUAAUCUUCCCUUAAGCACAGAAGCUGACCAGUGACUAUGAGCCAGUUAUUCUCUCACUCUGCCCUAGAUUGGGAAAUUAAAAAUAAAAUAAAAAUUACCAACCCACAUUGGACCAGUGUGGCAGCCUACGGUCUAUAAUUAUCAGCUUGGAAAUGUCCCUGGCACGGCUUGGAAAAGUGGUUCCCAAAUCAAGCAUCUUGUUCCUGUGUGACAUGCAAGAGAAAUUUCGCCCCAACAUCAGCUACUUUCCUCAGAUUGUAUCUGUGGCAGCUCGGAUGCUGAAGAGUACUGCCUUGGAUGCCAUGGAGCGAGGGCUGGACGUUCACGUCGUGGUGGAUGCUUGUUCUUCUCGCAGCCAGGUGGACAGGAUCAUAGCUCUGUCCAGACUGCGUCAGAGCGGGGCCUUCCUAACCACCAGCGAGGGGCUUAUCCUGCAGCUUGUCCAGGAUGCGGCCCACCCGCGUUUCCGAGAGAUUCAGAAAUUGAUUAUGGAUCCUGCCCCUGACAGUGGUCUUCUGCCCCUCAUAAAAGUGCCAAAUCCCCUUUUCAGUUAGCCCAGCUGCUUCAAGAUUGAUCUUCUUCUAAAGCACCUUCAGCCAUUUCCUCUGAUGUCCUUGUCCUUCUCAGUGGGAAUGAUUCUUCAAGUUGACUUUAAAGAGGAAAAUGAUGAACUAUAAAUCUAACUGAGAAGCUGCAUCAAAACUGUGAUCUUUCUAUAGUUAUGCAAUGAAAUGGUUGAAAGAAGGCUAGUAAUAUUUUUGACCUGGUCUUUUUUAAUUAAGAAACAUCAAUUCUGCCUCCUUAGCUCAUGAUGUGAAUCUUGACAAUGUGUACAAAUAUAUAUUUAAUUUGCACAUUU